AUGAGUUCACUUUCUGACCAGAUCGACCGCCUUUCUCAAUGUGCUUGUUCUAUCAAGGAUACUACCCUUGGCGCUUUGAAAACCAACAAUCCAUUCACAGCCGCCGUUCUCACUACCCAGCUCGGAGACCUCAUCCGCGAUAUAGACCCUUCAGAGCUCGGUCUCUUCAAUCUCGUCCCUUCAUCCGAUGCCGAAAUUAAACGCGUCAAGUUUACCGGUUCCACUCCCCUCCGCAAAGCUACGCGACGGGAUGAUAAACCACCAGAAAUAGAUCCAGAGGUCUACGCUCAAGCAGCGCUCAAAUGCAUUGACCAGUAUCAAUCAGUUCGUUCAAUGCCCCGCGCUCGCAGUCAGGUAUCAGCUAUAUUGGAUCGUCUUAGUCUCGUUCGGGAGAAUAUCGAAGCUCUGAAUGUCACCCUCCAACAGAUACGCGUCACUGAUACUCCCUCAAUCAAAGCACAAAUCACAGAACAAGACUAUAAAGUCAAACAACUUCAAACCAGGAUGAACGAACUGUCAAAAAGGAAGAAGCAUGCAGCGAUGCCCCGCCAACAUGCCGUGCCACGCCAGACAACCAACCCGACCACCAUUGAGCUCGAAAACGAUGAUUCUACAUCUUCGCCUCACGAAGACCGGCAUAACCAUACACCUGCAGAGGCCUCGCGCAUUUUGCGUUUUUCUGACGAUCUUUUGAUGGACGAACAAGUUGACUUCGGUGACACCAGCUCUACUUCGUUUGUGAGCGCACUACCAGAGGAAUCCACAAGGGACGACAUGCCAGAAGACCCCUUGGAGCUCCCAACGGUUCCGGUCACCGGGACGCCUACCGUGGACAAGUCCUCAAGAUCUAGCAACGUGGAGAUGGCCGUUUCCCCUACGAUGCCCACCUCACCUGUGUCAUCUGCUCCUUCUCUACCCAAAAUACAGAACAUGAACCCUUCUGAUAGACCCCACAAAUCAGGGAGAAUUAGAGUAAACACCGAGGUUGAACGUAUUGUGUCGAAAAUUUGGAUGACGGUUGGUGAUAUCAUAAUGCCUGGUUCUUCUUUUUCGCCAGGUUCGCCACCCUCAGCCAAAGAUACUAUUGCACACCUGCAAGAGCUCUGCAACUUGCCACCUCAGCUGGAUUCACCUGGUCCAUCGAGUGUUUCAACAUCGUCGACUCCCCAAACUCAUUCACCAAGUUUACAACAAAUCUUGACUGCAUAUUUGCUGGUCUCUCUUUUGUCGGCUCCACCUCAGUAUUCUAUGCCGCUGAACAAGGUGAAGGACAGCCUUGCCGCCAAGGCCAAAUCUGGCGGUAUCUCUGUUGGUAUGCUGGGGCAGGGCACAUCACGGGUUUUAUAUGGAUGUGUUGCGAAGCGACUCGUUAAAGUUGAGCGAGGGGGUGGUGAGCAAACGGUCAAGUUUGACAUUUAG